AGUAUUUCUACAGCAUUUCUUCUUUUUAACUCUCUAGUUAAGAGGAAGCGGAGAUAGAAAAGGAGGAAGCUGCUGCUUUCUAAAUUGUUCACAAGGUUUUGCUCUAGAAUCAGCCACAGAAAACAGACUCCAAUGCAGACCCAUGGAGGAUGGCUUUGGAUUGUACUGCUAUUUCCCCUGACAGCUCAUCAAGUAGAGGAAUCAGAACAUCCCUCCAAAGAUGGCCAAACAAAACAUCUCCAAGCUGAGUUUGUCAACGCGACACAGCAACAAAACGAGUCCUUCACAUUGUGGCCAACUUAUAAUAGAACAGACCCCUCCAAUGGAGUCUUGGGUAUCAUCACUACACUGCCUGACCCUACUGUAAAGAGCGAAACAGAAUAUCAAGGCAGAAGGCUGCUGAAGCCAACCAUCACCAUACACUCAGUGAAUGGGACCUGCAAUGUCACCUUGAACUGUGUGGUAACUGGAGGGGAAGGAGAGGACGUGACUUACGCCUGGUCGACUUCUGAAAUGGGGACGGUUCUCUCUGAGGGGCCAUCUCUACACAUCACUCAGAAGCCCCCAGAUCAAACCUGGGAUUACACCUGCACUGUGCGCAACAAGCAGAGUCAAAACUCCAGCACUGUUUCCCUGAGAGAUCACUGCCAUGAUCCUUCAACUCUCAAUCAAGGAGCAUCAACAUUCUUGUACGCUAAGUACUUAAUUCCACUUUUGCUCGUUCUGGUCCUAUUGCUGAUCCUGUUCCUCAUGUACAGAAGGAAGAGAGGAAGAGGAAGCCAUAGCAGGACAGUAUCUAUCAUUGAAUCAUCAGAUUCCGACUUCCCUAUUCCAGAAGAGGCAACGCAGCUGAAUCCUGAGGCCUUCAAGCCAAUUCCCGAGGAGCCUCUGGAAAUGGUGAAAGUACCAACUAUAAAUGAUAACGAAGAGGCUUCAAGCGCACAGGGCCACCAGCCAGAUGCUCAGGCAAAAUGUGGACUUCCCUAACCCAGGAGGCCCAUCCAAGUUCCUUUUAUACAGGGCAGCUGAAAAGCUCUUCUUUCCAACACAUUUUACCAACAUAUGGGAGCCUUGAAGCAGUUGCUUCAAUUCAUACUAUUGAUUUUAAUUAUGGCAUGUGUUUACCUUAAAGUAGGAUUGGAGCCCCGCAUGAGAUCAC